UCUCUCUCCGUACUCACCAGGACCGUCCUACUGCUCACAGAACACAGAACGCUACAGCCUUCCUUAAACAGAGAUACAGCGGAGGAUUUCCGCGCCACGAAGGCGCUGGCCGAUGCUUCGGCAUGCCUAGCGGAUCGUCGGGUCUGCCUUUCUCCAGCCUUGCGGGCCUGGGUGGCUCUGGAAGCGCUGGCUUUGAAAUGGAAUUUUGGCUGGAAGGGGUUGGGCCACACCGGCACAGACUGGAUGCGGGUGGUCACCGAGCAAUCCCCCUACACCUCAUCUCUCCUCCUCCCAAUUCUGGCAUUCCGCCAGCGCCGCCAGACCGGCCCUUCCCUGCGUCCACAAGAGAAGAGCAAGGGAAGAGCGGCGCCCCAGGCCGGCCUCCCUGGCUAGUGGCUGCGCGAACUGGCCCCCAGCGUCCGGGUCCCGUCGGGACGCGCGCAUCCCUAAGGAGCUGCGGAGGCCCACAAAGCCAAAGCCCGGGCCCCGCGCCCAAGCCGGGCGAGCACAGAGCGGGGCGGGGCGGGCCGCGCGGGCCGGGGGUGUCGGAUGUCACCCCCCGCGUACACCUCGGCCGGGAGGCGGGGAAGCGAACCACUGAGAUGAGGAGACCUCCUCGGUCCUAGAGCGGUGCAGGAAGUGUCCCAGGGGAGGGAGCCGGAGGGCUCCGGCCUUUCCUUUCCGCGGCGGCCCGGCCUGCGCGGCCCGCCAACCGGGACGCUGCUCAGCGGCGUCUCCUCCCUUCGCUCCCAAGCCCAGCUGAUGCUCUCUAGAUGAUCCCGAGACAGGGUUGGCCUGGCCAGGAACGGAAUCUGGCCCAUGCAGAGGAGCUGCCUCGGCGGAGACACCAGGGAGACCGGGCUGGAAGGUGAGAACCUGCUGCCCUGCAAGCCCAGGCUUCGAGGUGAAGAGCCAGCAAACCUGGAAGAGUAUCAAUUUGUGAAGAUCUCAAGAACAGAGACAGUGACUUUGGCUCCAAAGCUUCAAGGUUGUGGCCUGCUGGGGCUGUAUCCUCCAAGAGGACCUGUCCACAAAGCCCUGUGCCCACGAGUCUUGGCUCCAAAGGAAAGUGAGGAGCCCAGGAAAAUGCGGAGUCCUCCUGGAGAGAACCCCAGCCCUCAGGGUGAGCCUCCCAGUCCAGAGUCCUCUCGACGCCUCUUCCGACGCUUCCGCUACCAGGAGGCUGCUGGCCCGCGGGAGGCCCUGCAGCGCCUCUGGGAGCUGUGCCGGGGCUGGCUGCGGCUUGAAAGGCACACGAAGGAGCAGAUCCUGGAGCUACUGGUGCUGGAGCAGUUCCUGGCCAUCCUGCCGUGGGAGAUCCAGAGCUGGGUGCGUGCCCAGGAGCCGGAGAGCGGAGAGCAGGCUGUGGCUGCUGUAGAGGCCCUGGAACAGGAGCCAGGGAGACCCUGGCAGUGGCUCAAGCACUGUGAAGACCCGGUGGUGAUUGAAGAUGGCGAUGCGCCUGGGCCUCAGGACCCAGAACAGGAGCGAAUGGCAGCAGAGUCCCAGAGCAACCCUGAUGCCCAGCCUGUGGCCCUAGCACAGGGCCUAGGGCUCCUAAGCAGACCACCAGGCCAGCCCACUGAGGACCCAAUUCCGCAAGAUGUUUUCCUUGUUCAGGAGCAGAGUAUCAGGGACGCCCAGCCGGUGACCACCUGCCAGCUGCCCCCGAGCCGAGUUUCUCCAUUUAAGGACAUGAUCUUGUGCUUCUCAGAAGAAGACUGGUCCCUUCUGGACCCGGCGCAGACUGGUUUCUAUGGAGAAUUCAUCAUUGGGGAAGACUACGGGGUCUCCAUGCCACCAAAUGACCUUGCAGCUCAGCCAGCUCAGCUCUCACCUGAAGAGGAGAACGGGCUGCGGGUUACCGAGAUGACAGACCUCCAGGGUAAAGACACACCCCAGAUCUCCUGCUCAGACCUUCCUAGUCUCCAGCCAUUCCAAGAAGAAGGAAGGAAAUGGGAGGAGCUGCAGGUGCCAGAGCUCCAGUCCUGCCAGCAGGGGGCGCUCACUCAAAGUCCUUGUCCAGGAAGUGACCCACCACCCCUAAAGAGCAGCCUGGACCAGGAGGUGACCAUUGAGAUCGAACUGUCCAGUUCUGGAGAUGAGGACUCCCAACACAGCCCAUAUUGCACAGAGGAACUGAGGAGCCCUACAGAAAAGCCCCACAGUCUCCCGACCCACCGGGGCAGCACUGAGGGUGGGGGUGAGGUACAGACCUCACAAAAGUCUUAUGUGUGUCCGAGCUGUGGGAAGAUCUUCCGCUGGAGAGUCAACUUCAUCCGGCACAUGCGCAGCCGCAGGGAGCAGAAGCCACACAAGUGCUCAGUGUGUGGGGAGUUAUUCAGUGACAGCGAGGACCUGGACGGACACCUGGAGACCCAUGAGGUCCAGAAGCCCUACAGGUGCACAGUCUGCGGAAAGAGCUUCCGCCUCAACUCACAUCUGCUCUCCCACCGACGGAUCCACUUGCAGCCAGAGAGGCAGCCACCGGUGAAGAAGAGUGAGGAGGGUGCGUCGGAAACAGAGGGUACAGGCGCCCGUGCCCUGAUGGAGAAGAGCAAAGCCAAGCUGGGCUUCCGGUGCGGGAACUGUGGGAAGAGCUUCCAGCGACACGACCAUCUGGUGAGACACCGUAGCCACUGUCACCUGAAGAGCGAGGCCCGUCCCCUCCAGUGUCGGUACUGUGUCAAAACUUUCCGGCAGAAUUAUGAUCUUCUCCGCCACGAGCGCAUACACAUGAAGCGUCGCUCCAAGCAGGCUCUGAACUCAUACUAAGCAGGGUGUGGCCCCGUGAGCUAGUCCCUGCCCGAGCACAAGCCCGAACACAAAGCCCAAACCACCUGCCCUUUGCUCUCAGGUAGUGUUCAACUUCUGGUGCCAUGCCUCUUCCUCCCCAGUAAAGUAUCCACCUGAGCAACCCUUCUACUGUGCCAAACCAGGAAGGCGAGGCAACUCCAGCCUCCAGAGCUGCAUCUCAGAGACUUCCAGCCACUCACUCCAGCCCUCAAAGGGGCUAGGCUGCCCCAAUCCAAUGGCUUCUAGGGGUGGGGUGUGUAUAGUGGGGAGCUGUCCUCAGAAGUCAGCCUGAGAUUCUUGUGUACAGGAGAACGCCCCACAGAUCCACAGAUGGCCAGGAGGGCCUUUAGGAUCUACUGGGGAUUGUCAUGAGGCCUAAUUAGGCCAGGCCAUUGACCAUAUGGGGAUCAGGAGCUCACAUUUUAAAAGUGUGUGCACCUAUCCCAACAUGUCUUCGUUUUCCCCCAAAGAUCAUUCAUAAAUGUGUGAUGGAAACUGCCUGUCACCACUCAGAUUCCUCCCCUUUAUGUCUGGGAAUUAAGAGUUCAGCCCCUAAAGUCUCCUCUGCCGGCAAGCCAAACCCUGGGACAGACUUCUGUGUCCUUCAAGGAUAUUGACUCCAAGGCAGUUUGUUUAGUUUUCUAGCAUGGUUCUAACUAGUACUAACCUGUGGCUUUGUCCCAGCUAUGGAAGCUGCAAGGCUGAGGUCUGGGGUCGGAAGCUAGAAGGAGGGAGUCACCAUGUGUCUGAUGGUCACUUAACACUUGUCUGUAGCCCUGGGCUUGUACAAACGUCUCUCCAUUUUGCCUUCAUCUCCAAUGUGUCGGGCCUCCAAACUUACUUUUUGCACAAGGAUCCCAGUUUUGGGGUUGGGGCUCACCCUGUCUGCUGCAGCAGAACCCCACCUACAUUUCCAAAUAAAGUCCCAUCUUGAGGUACUAGGAGUUAGGACUUCAACACUGGGGUUUGAGUAGACAUAGGCAAACUCCAGAUAAUUCCGUGGUGCUGUUAUUCCUGCCUCAGAUGAACCAGUUGGAGCUUGAGGUAGCUUGCUUGCCAUCUUUGAAUGCUGGGUUUGAUCCCAGUUGUCUGCUCUCAGAGCUACUGGUAUCUACAAGGAAGAAUCUUCAUCCAUGGCCUUUAAGUUCAAAGCCUGGCAUUCUGGGAGUGGUCGCUGGCGGGAAACCUCAAGCCAUCAAAAAUGUGGUCUUACUGGCUGGGCUCAGCUGGGAGGGUGUUGGCCUCAGUGUGACUAUGAUUGGACUUGAGAGCUGCAGCCAGGCUGGUUCUGUAGGCUGUACCAGCUCUCAGCUGUCAGGAAACCUGGGAAAAUGAAUUCAAGGCCUCUGGUGCUCUCUCCUGAUUUCCACAUCAAGAAGCCUCUAAUCCAGACCCAAUCAAAGAAUUAUGAGGCUUUCUUUUUCUGCUCAGUGCAUCACCCAGAAAUAGUAAAUGCAAUAAAACCAUUUGGUCACAUCUUGAACAAGAAAUAAACUGUGGGAAGUCCUAGUUUCUAAAUAGUUCUCUUCUAUCCUUGUGUUGGGAGAAGGGAGAAGUUGGGUCUUAGGGUCAAGGGAGGGGGACUUCCACAUGGAGGCCAGGGUCUUUGUAUUCACCCUGUCUACCCCUGCACUCUUGCCUGAAGCUCACAGUUACCUGAAGGGGAAACAUGGUGCUGUUCCCUUGUGUUUAUGACAAUCAGCUGAAAAAUACAGGGGACAGUAAAGGAGAUAUCCCAAGUAUACUGCAGAUACUGCCAGGGAGCCCUCAUUGCUGGUCCAGAGCCCUCCAGGGCAUCACCAUAACUGGAAGGUCACUUUCCCCAGUCUUAGAAGCCUGGGGAUGCAGCUCAAAUCCCACCUUUCCCCUCAGUAGUUAGGGACAGUGGCAAGCCUCACUAAACAUCCCAUCCUUACUGGACCGGCUUGGCCUUUGGCUCCCUCUGGCUGCUGACGUCUGUAGCCUCAGCUGAGGAGAGUCACUCCUCCAGGUCUUCCUCAGAGUCGCCCACAGAAGGCUGCAGGUGGAGACCCUACAUCUAAGAAGCCUCCUUCCAUGCUCCCCUAAUUCCUUGGCUUCCCACAG